AUGGGGACUGUACCCGAUCCUCUGAGAUCUGCCAAGCUUUCCCUGGUCACAGCUUCUGAGAAGGAGGACUGCCUGGGAGACUUGCAGUCUGCUAAGCACCAGCCCCAACUACCCAAUGAAGAGAGGGCCAGCAAUGGCUUCCCGUUUAUGCCAUCUGGCUCUGCUGGAGUUUGCUUGUUCGACCUGAAACACACAGCAGCUGCCAGUGUGCAGAGGUGUGAGCAGUGCCACAAGGACAAUGCUAGCCAGCAGGAAGUCUUUCCUCCUGGGCUCACCAGUGAAGCUGCAGAGGGUUAUCCUGCAGCUGUAGAUUCGGCUGAUUCCUCCUGCCCAGUGGGCAGCCAAGAACUAGCAGCGCCAGCCCUAACCACAGCAGGAGCUGCCUUGGUGGGGCAGGGGCCAGAGAUGAUGCCAGCCCCCCAGAGCUCCCGGCAGUUUGUGCAAGGCAGCCAGGCGAAAACAGGCUCCCUGACACAAACGGACGAUGCCGCAUUGAAACCUCAGGGGACUGACGAUCAGCCGGCACUUGAGGUGUUAAAUUAUUCUUCCCUGGGCGACUCUAUCAGGGGUAGUGAGUCGUCUUGUACUUCUCAGGCAAACCUUCUGCAAAGAGGGGAGAAAGACAGGGGAACAGCAACUGGUUCUUCUGUGUGUCAGUCUGCCUCGCCAGCGAGGCACACCAAAGCUGAGCUGGGAAGAGACCCACAAACCGGUCUGGAGGCAAAAAGUGGGGCUGCAGACACUGCACAGAUGCAUCUCCCAGAUGAAACUGAAGUGGUGCAGAGCAGCAAGGCACCAGUCCCAUCGAGCCAUGGGAGUCCACAUCCCAUAGACAACACAUUCACUGAGCUGGGAAGUCCAGGCCCCAUUCAGCUCUCCAAAUACAGAGAAAUGGGUACAAUGACAGUUCAGCCAGAGAGCAGCUUUUUAAGUCGGGAAACAGGAAGCAGGACGUGGCGAGAUGCUGAGGUUCAGGCUGUGGCUACUGUGGAGAGCAAAUCGGCCUCCACCAGUCCCAGCAUCCUUGCAGCCUUCUUAAAAGGGAAUCCACCUCCAGAAGAGAAGGAAGAACUGCACAUAAUUUACCAAGGAGGAACAGGGCUGAGCCAGUCUGCAAUUACUGACAGUUUAUCGUCAAAACAAAAGUCCCCAUGUUCUCCUGGUAUCAUGUCAGAAUCAACUGUUGUUAUGGCUGUAACUGCUCCAGACCAAACUCAGCCUGUGAAACUGCCUGGUUUCCCAUCUGAUGUGGUGCCUCCAGCAUCAGCAGUUAAUGCAAAACUUGUUUCCUCCUCCUCCCUUGCAGCCCUUGCCUCCCAAGGGACAUCUGUGUGUGAUACUGAAACAGUCAGUGCAGCCUGUGGUGGCAAGGAUGCUGCUCAGCUGCCCAUGGAUGCUCAAGUCCCACCAAAGCCCUCCCCUGUUGAGAAGCUUGCAGUUGGCUCCAGUAAUCAAACUCCAGCACAAACCGGCUCUGGCACUGGGGAACCAAGCACCACUUCUGCUGCCACUGUCCCAGGAACCAAGAACAACAUGCGAGAUCUUGUCCAUGACACAGGAAGCAGCUGCUUACCUUUACUCAGUAGCACAGACAGUGAGGUCAAGCAGAAAGAGGUCCUGCGUGGUUCUGAUCAAAAGCCUGUGCAAAGUAAGGGUGCAAGUCAAGAGGACGCCGUUCCUAACAAGUCUGUGGUGAAACCAAAGGAAGAAAACUCGGUGGUGCUUGAUCCUAAAGGAGGGAUGAAUGCUAGCCAGCCUGUCACUGUCUGCAUAAAGGCAUGCUCAGAGGAUGCAGGUGAAAAGGACAGCAGAGGCCAGGGAGACACUGGCCAGGCUCAGAUGGCCAGAGGCCAGAGCCUGCAGAUAGGACUAAUGCCUGAGUUGAGUGCAGGUUCUGCAUGUCUCACCCCUCCCUUGGAGGCAUCAGCAGCUCCCCAGCAGCAAGGCCUCCAGGCCAAGGAGUCCAGACGUGAGCUCCAGACAGCAGCUCUUCCUGCUUCAGCUCAGGCCUUGCCAAACGUGGGGGAAAACAAAAAGGUCCCCACCCCAGCCAUGGAGGCAAAAGUGCAGGUGAAGCAGUCCAAACAUGUCAGGGAUGUUAUAUGGGAUGAGCAGGGCAUGACAUGGGAGGUUUAUGGUGCUUCCCUUGAUCCAGAAUCCCUGGGAAUUGCCAUCCAGAACCACUUACAGAGACAAAUACGGGAACACGAGAAACUGAUCCGGACCCAGAACAGUCAGUCCCGGAAAUCAAUUUCCUCGGACACAUCCUCGAAUAAAAAACUGAAAGGCAGGCAGCACAACAUGUUCCAGUCCAUGCUGCAGAAUUUUAGGCGUCCUAAUUGCUGCGUCCGACCUGCUCCUUCUUCUGUGUUAGACUGA